AUGGAUCAGCUGUUCUCAGAUGAAGCAGGAUCUGGGUGUGUAGAGAUGUCAGGUCAUGAGCAGGACGCAGGAUGGACCCCAGUGUCUCCGGUCUUGGAGCUGUCCAGCUGCAUGCAGAGGCUGCGGUGUGAGGACAGCGGGCAGGAGGAGGAGCUACAGACCCCCCGCCUGAGAGGAGGACCUGAGGAUGAUGAAGGUGCUGAAGAUGAUAAGGAGAACUCCAGCGUGCGUAAGAGAUUGAGAGUGAGACUGUUCAGCUCGUCCAGUCCUGAAGAUCAGCGCAAGUCUGUGAGAAGAAGUAAGAGACAAUCCUGCUCUUCACCAACAGAGGAGGAACCAGAGACGCCUGACUCAGCGUCACUGAUGCUCUUCCAGAGAUUGAGAUCCAGCAGAAAUCCAGCACACACACUCAUCCCCGACAGCGCCAUCACUGAUCACUGCCUCAUUGGAGACUUCAGCAAACAUCACGUGCUUCCUGUGGAGAAGGUGAACCAUCAGGACCUUCACUGUGUUUCAGCUCAAACUGUGGCAUCUUUGAUCAGAGGUCAGUUCAGUACUGUAGUGGAAGACUUCCUCAUCAUCGACUGCCGUUAUCCAUAUGAGUAUCAGGGAGGUCACAUCAAGGGAGCAGUGAACCUGUACACUGAGUCUCAGAUCCUCCAGGCUUUCCUCCAGGCCUCAUCCACCCCGCAGGAGUCUCCGGCUGUCCGUCGUGCCCCAGCAGGGGCGUCUGUUCUGGACACAUGGGGCAGCAUUAAUGAGGGAGCAUCUUCACCCAGAAAACUCAUCGUGUUUCACUGCGAGUUUUCAUCAGAGAGAGGACCACGACUUUGUCAGUAUCUGAGAGAGCUGGAUCGUGCAGUGAAUGCUCAGACGUACCCUCAUCUCCUCUACCCCGAGCUCUACCUACUGCAGGGGGGGUACAAGCACUUUUACUCCUGCUGUCCGGAGCUGUGUGAGCCGCAUGGUUACGUCCCCAUGCGUCACAGCGACUUCAGAGAACAGUUUCAGCGUUUCAGCAGGAAGACACGCCAGCAUCGUCGCAGAAGUCCAAUCAGAUCGCAGCAGAGGACAUUGAGCUUUUAA